AUAUAGCCACAAUAAUGACGACUCCAAGGACCACGCCCAAAACAUGUUGCACGUCAAACUCUCCUGGAUCUCUUCCUCUCAAUCUCCUGUCGAGUACUCUCGCUUGCUGUAUUGAUCCAUAACUCGGUAUGGGAUACGGUAUGGGAUACGGUCCCUGGUAUUCCUCAUCGCUGUGAUGGUGAUUAUGGUGGUGAUGGUGAUGAUGCUCGUGGUGUCCGUGGUCAUGGUGAGGUUCAUGAUGCUGAGAGGAGUCAUGCUGAUAUCACGUGAGCUUAAUUCGCAGAAAGAGACAGCUAGGAGGGGAAGCUGCAUGAUGCGAGGUAUCAUUGAAGGUAUGCCCAGCACUGUGAUCAGUAUGAGACGGAUCUGCCGCCGCCGGAGCUCCCGAGUCGUGCAUCGUUACUGCCCACUCAGCACUCAGGACCGAAGAAGUGGAAAUGCAACUUCACGACGGCCCGGAGAAUAUAAUGCGGAGAAGACGGGGCUCAAGUAUUCCUGGGGAAAGCAGAAGAUCAAGUAUCAGAAGAAAGACUGGGAUUUGCUGCGCCUUGGGCUUGGCUGCAGUUGCCUGUCAGCUGCAGCCAAGUCAGGCGACGAACUCUAAUGUACGUAACGUCUAUCCCUGCGUGCCGAGACGCACACUGUAGCGAGACAAAUCAUAGGUACUUCAGGUUCAAGCG